UCUUUUGUUAAACUAGCAUGUUAAAUACAGUUAGCCAGCAAAAGCAAGUGGUUAGCGAGCCGACGGUGUGUGUCCAGUCCGGUCAUAAUAGCCAGAUUUGCUGAAUGAUAUCUCUUGACUUGUCGUUGUUAGUACCCGUUUCAGUCAGCUGCAGGAAAAUGGUUAAACGGUACGUGACGCUAACGGCUCGCCAAGGUACUCACCCCCUAUGAUGUUACACCAGAGCCAAAUUGAGCGAUAACUGUUAGCUGGUCAAUUUUUGACUUAAUGGUUGUUAAUAUACAAUCAGCUCAAUGAAGACCGUUAGCCGACUGGUUCAACAAUCUAGUGUGGCUGAAAAGCGAGUCUGUUGGCCGUGCAUGCAAGAGUGAACCACAGCUAGCUUAACGCCACGAUGAUGCUCCAGGAUGGGUCGACACAGCUCCUCUGCCUCACAGCCAGUAGCGGGGUUCCCCUUUUCACGAGGGGGGCGUCCAAACAUUUGCCCUUCUCUGUCAUCGGGGCCCUGAACGGUGUUCACAUGUUUGGAGGUGGUCAGGGAGCGGUGUUGUCCUGCUGUGACACAGAAGGCGGGGGGAAAGUGCUGUGGAGAGUUUUCCAGGAGAGUGUGAUGCUCAUCGCUGUGAGUGGAGGUGGACAAGGUGGUGCAGGUAGCAGCAAAGAAGAGGAGGUUCGUUUACAACGCCUCCUGGAGAAUGUGUGGAACUGCAUGGUGCUGGUGUUGGGGCAGGAUGAGCUGGCCAACACGAGGAAUGUUGAGAGGCUAAAGAGGGACUUGAGGUCCUGCUUCGGCCUCAUUGAUCAGCUCUUGGAGGAGAGGCAAGGGGGCAUCCUGGGUGACCUGACACACUGCGCCGAUUCACUGCUGCCUCCAAACCCUGCCGUUCUUCAAGAGGCUGUGGAUGGCUUUGCACAGGCUGCAGACAGUGAAUUCGGUUGCCUUAUAGUCCACGGGCGAAUAGCUGCAGCAACUGAGAAGUGGUGGCGUCUAGCACCACAGGAAGUUGUGCUGCUCUCUGCUUUGAUGCGGUCUCUCUCAGCCUCUGGAUCAACUUCUUGUGAUUACCCCGUUUUCCUUCCUCACGGCAGCCCCACCGUGGCCCAUCGCCUGCUCCGCUUCCAGCUGCUCCCUGGGGCAGAUGUGUGUGUGCUGUGCGGUCCCACCCCUUCCCUGCGCAGAGCAGAGAGUGCGCUUGUGGGUCCUUUCUGGUCCCCCCUGGUGGAGACCCUGAGAGACUGCUUGGCUGUUGGAGAGCGAUGCUUACCAGCAUCUGUAUCCCUGCGCCCUGAUGUACUGGCACUUCUUCUCAUCAACCGUGAAACACGUCGGUCAGUCUCCUGUGUGCGGACUCUCUCUAAUCCUCUGCUCGGUAACCCUCCGUCACCCUCCAAGGCCCGCUGCUGGGAGCUGCUGAAGCUGUUCUACAUCUUCAGCACAACACGCUACUUCAACCAGGAGGAGACAUUGUGUGUUUCCCCGGAGGAAAGGGCUCAGAGAAGCAACACUGAAGACUUUGUCCUUGGAUUCUCACACCAGCCGCUACAGUGCUACCUAGUUACAGAGGAGUGCAAAAGCUAUGGACUUCAGACAGCACAGCACCAGCUCUUCCUGCUUAUCCCACCAUCAGUGCCCACCUUUGCAUUGCGUACAUUGGCCACACAGACACUCUCUGAUCUAGUUGCAGCCACUGGGUUUUAAUUGAGCAGUUUACUUUGCUAUAACCUCUCAAUUUUGGGUAAACCUACCAUGGUUGACCUAAUAAUAUAUCAAUGACAAAAGUAUGAAAACAAUUAAACAUGCCAUACCAAUGUGACCUUCUUUUACCUUUACUUUGCAUUUAAGAGAUAAGUCACUGUUUCACAAUUGUGUCUAACUUCACUGGCUUCAAGGCUGUUUCUGCCACAGCAAUGGCAGCUACAUAGAUCUCAUGGUUCCAAAUUCUGUUGACUCACUGAAUUACACUGAAAACUAACCACUGCGGUUGCACUGUAUCUCUAAUUGCAUUAGAGAAUCAUGUGAAAAGGUUACACUGGGAUAAAUGAGUGCCUGCUGUUUGUCGUUUUAACAUUUUGAAUCAUUCCGCUUCAAAAAUGAUAAAUUAUCUAUCUGUCUGCUCUAGUUGUGAUCCUAAAUAUAGUUGGUUACCUUUUAUGGGACUUUGUGUCAUUGAGUGAUUUAUUCUCAUUUUUCUUACCGCUGAUGUGAUCAUGGUAAUGUUUGCGCUCUGUUGGUUGAACGUUUCAUCGCAAAACGUUAAGUGUGCAACUGCAAAAUAACACCUAUAAACCACUUAAUGAAAAUGAAGCAACAGCAUUCCAUUGGUUUUAAUAUUAAUAUUUCAAUUUAAACUUCUUGUGAAAGAAAGAUAGUAAUAUUUAUAUAAUGUUUUGUCAUCUCAGACAGUUUUCUUGACAGCUAUGAAACACUGGCAGCGGACAAUAUGGAAAAAGUAGAAUGCUAAGUGUACUGACGUUGAACUUAAAUAUGCAAAACAUGCCAACAAAUAACAAAACUGUCUGUAUUCCACAUGACAUAAUGCUGUAAUAAAAGUGGCUUUGACCAUCGACAAAACAGACACACACCAGAAUGGAAUGAAUACUCCCAGCCAUGAUAAUUGCUGUGUUUUGUCUUGUUUAUAUCUGCACUGGUAAUUUCAAGAGACCUA